UUUUAAUAAAAUAUUUAGAAAGAAACUUGAUGAAAGAGUCAAAACUUAUUGAAAACAUCUAAAUGAAACUAAAAAACAUUUAAAGUUUAAGGAAGAUAGAUGAAGGUCUUUAAGCAAAUGUAUAGAUUAAUAAUAUUUAGAUUUAUGAGUUGCCAUAUAAAGACUUUAAAUAUGCUAUCAAAAUAUUCAAGGAGACAACAUCUUUAGAUGAAAGAAUAGGGGAGAUUUAAGCUAGCUAAUAAAUUAAGAGUAAAUAUAUUAUAGUUUAUGUUUGGUAAUAUUAUAUUUUAACAUUAUUUUAGUCAUGAUUAAGAAUAACUUGGUUGGAUCUUAUAUGAAAAAUUUGGCGACUUUAAUCUCCAAAAAUAUCUUCAAUUUUACAAACUAGAGAAUUAUCACGUUAACUUUAUUUUUACUCAAUUAAUUGAAGGAUAUAAUGAUAUCAUCUAAUCUGGAUUUUAUCACUGCGAUUUAAAGACUGCCAAUAUACUAGUGGAUUCUUCUACCCUCUAAAUAUAAAUCUGCGAUUUAGGAUUUGCAAAAUAAAUAAACUAAAACAUCAAAAGCAGAAGAGGUUCAAGAGGAUAUUUUGCCCCAGAAUUUUUCUAGAAAGAAAUAAUCAACAUGGAUGAAAAAACAGAAAUCUAUGCUUUAGGAGUAAUAUUAUAUUAACUUUUAACAAAUGAAUUUCCUUAUACGAAUCAAAUUAAUUGUUUAAAAUGGAUAUAAAUCACAAAAAGCAAUUGGAAGGAUUUUUGGAAAAAUAAAAAAGUUUCAUAAUUGUAUAAAGAUAUACUUUAAAGCAUUUUUGAGAUGGAUCCAAAUAAGAGAUGCAAUUUGUGUUAUUUAUAAAGCAUAUUUCAUUUUUGA